CUUAAAUUUCCAAAAGAUUUUCUGUAUGGAGUUGCAACUUCGGCUCCUCAGUCUGAAGGUGCGGUAAUGGCAGACGGAAGAGGUCCGAGUAUUUGGGAUAGUUAUGCGCAUUUGACAAAUAUGUUACCCAAACAAGAUCGUGAUGCGUUUGAUAUCGGUACAAAUUUUCGUUAUUUGUAUACGUUGGAUAUCGCACGUGUAAAAGCGAUGGGUAUGAAAGCGUUCUCAUUUAGUAUCAGUUGGUCAAGGGUUAUGCCAAUGGGAUAUGGUGAAGUGAACAUGAAAGGGUUGCAAUUUUACAUUGAUUUAGUGCAAGAAAUCCGUCGUCAAGGUUUAGAGCCGAUUGCAACUUUGUUUCACUGGGAUCUUCCGUUACAGCUCGAAUUGCAUUAUGGUGGCUUUCGUGAUGAACAAAUCAUAGAAGAUUUCACGGUGUAUGCUGAAACGAUGUUCAAAGCUCUUGGUAAACAUGUUAACAAGUGGAUCACGUUUAACGAACCACAAUCAUUCUGCAUUGCACGUUAUCCGAUCAUCAGUCCACACGUUCAUGGAAAUGAAACUUCAACGGGUGCUUUACCAUGGCAAUGUGCGGGACACAUUCUGAAGGCUCAUGGAAGGACAUAUGAAAUGUUUACAACAUUGAAAGAAAAAGGAGCUUAUCUCAAUAAACAAUCUGCUAUGCUGUCAUACAAGAGUGCAGGAGGUCAUAGUGUCUUAUAUCGUGAUGGCAAUAAAGAUGAUCAAAAAGCUCGUGAACGUGUUCAAGAUUUUUAUUUCGGCUUAUUUGCUGAACCAAUUUAUCUUACCGGUCAAUAUCCCGGCACUGUACGAGAUGAAAUUCCAAAAGGAUGGUUACCUGAAAUUGAAGAUGAAGAUCGAAAAAGGAUUAAAGGUUCAGCAGAUUUCAUGGCAACAGAUUUCUUUUCUUCACGUAUAACAAAAUCAACGGAACGUGAAGGUGGUUUUGAGAAAUGUGUCGGUAAUAUAAAACAUGUUGCUUGGCCUGAUUGUACAGAUUUUACCGAUACACUUUCUGAUGGAACAUUGAUCGGAGAAAGGUCAGACCCUUCAACAGAGAAUUGGUUGAUGAAUACUGCCGGACAAUUACGUGAGCAUCUCCGCUGGUUAGCCGAACGUUAUCCAACAAAAGGUGGAAUUUAUAUCACGGAAAUCGGAUGGGCAGAACGCGGAGAACAUGACAAGAAAACGCUUGCAGAUAUUCGACAUGACGAUGGCCGUCAACGAUAUUUACGUGAUCAUUUAGCAGAAAUGCUGUGGGCAAUCUAUAAAGAUGGAACCGCAGUUAAAGGUGUUUUGUUCUGGUCAGCAACAAGUGCUGUCGAAUGGGAACAAGGUAGAACACCAAAGUUUGGCUUGCAAUCUAUUGAUUAUUCCACUCCUGAGUUGACUAGAACAUAUUUAGGCAGCUUUUUCUUCCUCAAACACUUUUUCGAGCAUCAU